CAGGUGAAAUAUAUUUACGACAGUCAGCACGACACUACUUUCCCACUUUACGACUCUCUUGGAGGCUGAUUCAAAAUGGAGUAGAGGCUUACAGAAAAAGCUUGUCGCCAAAUCACGAGCCCGCUUUGCGAACAAAAUGACGGACGAAAACAAGUCCGGCUCCCUCGGCUUCUUCUCGAGCUACGACGAUCUGAGCGACAGCAGCGACGGCAGCGGCUCCGGCGACGAGGGCGAAAGUCGGAAGAGGAAAGCGGCGACAGACGCCGCGGGAAGCGGGGCUCCGGGCUCCGGGCGGGGCACCAAACGGGCCGCCGGCGGGGCUCCGUUGCCCAGACCCGACGAGCUGUUCGGCUCCGUGUCCAAGCCGGCUUUCCUCUACAACCCGCUGAACAAGGAGAUCGACUGGGAGAGUCUGGCCGUCAAAGCCCCCGAAGAGCCUGCCAGAGAGUUCAAGCCAUGGAAGACAAACGCUGUGCCCCCGCCUGAGAGCUACGCCUCCGAGCCAGAGAAGAAGAAGAAGGGACCCCCCCCGGGCAUGGACAUGGCAAUAAAGUGGUCCAAUGUGUACGAGGACAACGGGCAAGACGCACCACAGCCGUUCACCGGCAACGCCCGCUUCUUACCCACAGAGGAGGAACUCCCUGAAUCAGAUGAGGAUUCCGAUCAGCUGGACCUGUCGGGCAAGAAGCGUCGAGUGGAGACCUUCCAGCAGAAGGAGAAGAGGAAGAGAGACAUGGGACAAGCGACCUCUGACAAGAAUUUCGUAGAGGAGGAGAAAAGGAUCCUCAGGCAAAAUAUUGAUUGAGAUCCAGCUCGCCUGCAACAAUCAAUGUCUCUUCUUUAAAUACUUUAAUGUCGACUGAAAGCGCUCACAGCUGUAAGCACAGGGGUCGAGUAGGUGUUAUGCUGCAGACAUCAAUAGGCAUUUCACCUACAUGUUGACAUUUGCAAUAUUAUAGUAUUCGUUUUUUGUCAAGGGACCGUGUGCACACUUUUUAAAAAGUAUAGUUAACGGCAGCUCCACUGUUAAAAUUCCAAUUUAAGAACUCAGGUUCUGGUUAAUCUCCACCGACUGUUUUCCCAAGUUAAAGGACAAUUCAGGUGUUUUACAGUCUUUUUUUUUAUAGUUUUGGUCCUCAUCCCUCUCCGAUGUUCACGAGACACAGCUUGACUGGGUAUUAAUCAAACAACAGGUUCGGUCCCAGGUCUGCAUCGCCUUCGCUUUACUUCCAAAUAUGUCAUCUAGACAAGGUGAAGUGAGAGUUUAAACCUGACCAAUUGCUCUUGCCUGGUAAAUAUAAUAUUAGCAUUUCCAAUAAUGAUGAAGGCCACAACUGAGUUCAAAUGAUUUAACUUCAACAAUAUGAUUCAGACGGAUUAAGCUUACAGGAACAUAAAUGUUGUCCGUCGGCUUUGCCCUGUUUGCUUUCAUUUAACGAGCUAAAAUAACAGUGACGGCCAGCUGUGGUGGUUUAUUGUGUUUGUCUUGUGUUGUACAAAAUAUCUAAUCACCACCCAAGUAUGAAAUAUAUGUAUUUGUGUGCGUGUGUGUGUGUGUGUGUUGAAACAGAGAUUCUCCGACAAAAAUAAGAUUAAAUCGCUGUGAAAUGUUUUUAGAAACUGCUUGUUCUUCCUGCUUAUGACCACUAGAUGUCGCCAUGAGCCAGAAUGGAAAAUACUCCCUCCAUGUUUGUAGUGGAAUCUGCUUCACUUUGACUGUGAAUAUUGGGCCCCCAAAUAACACCCCGGGUCCAGAGUACAAGCUGCUUUGUGAUGAAGGGACAUCUGAUCCUCACUUUAGAAGUUGGCGUCAUCUCAGUUCUCUUGAGAUACUUGAUGCAUACGGACCGUUUAUUCAGUCUGAUGUACCUUGUAUUACGUGACACUUUACACCUAUAGUAGAUAAAAACCUCUUUGCAUGAUAAGUAUUCCAAUGUUUUUGUUCAUUGUACUGUUUUAUGGAGCUUCUGUUUCUCUCUGCACAUCUGCUCAUCGGUGUGAACGGUCAGACGCAGAUCAUUUUAUAGUUUGUAUUUAGUGUUCUGCUGUUUAUCUUGAAGCACUUGAUCAAUAUAAGAUAUUUUACUGCAGAGCGCUGUUCUGUCAUUCAUUUGACUUGUGUUAAGUAAGACACAAUUUCCAAGAGUGCUACAGAAAAUAGGCUUGCUAUGAUAUUUAUAUUUAAUCUCAGGAUUGUGCUGGCCAAAAUACUAUCCUGAUAAUCAUCAAAUCUGCCUGAAAUAAAAUUCUGCAUUGACAGAAAAAAGUUUCCAUUUUGCCACACUUUGAGGCAUCAGGCGAAUUCCUGCCCUAUCUGCCAUUGUGGGUUGACAUGAAAUAUUGCAGAAAUAUGCUGCUGAUAAGAUUCCAGUCUGCAGGUAUGUGCCUGGUCUGAAAUGCAUUCCCAGGCCUUCACAACAGCAGCAGCAGCAGACUGAUUUUAUCAGCAAUAUUUACGCACAAAUAUCUUCGUACUGUAUGAGUAAUGACCAGCAAGGUCACAUCCAUCAUUGUCAAGGAAUCUGUUGUUCGCGGCUAGAAAGUUCCCAGAAAAUAGAUUUUGAACUCCUAGAAUUGUGUGGAAAACAUCAAUUCCAGCCUAUUUUUUGUGCUUUUGAUUUUUUUUUUCAUCCCACCAGAUGUGACAAAUGACUGACAUUUAAUAAAAGAGAACAUCUUGGUCUGA